UAUGAUUAUUGUCAUAGUGAUUCAGGCUAAGCUAAGGGGCUAGCUGCUAACACUGUCUAUUAAUUAGGCCUAUAAUGAAUAAUACGCCUUUAAACUCCUACCGAAGUGUUGCAAUAAUUUAUUAGUUUAGUAUCCGGUCUUUUGCUUUUGCCUUUUUUUUGGUCUCCUUGGUUUUUUGCUACUUGCUAACUAACUAAGCUAUUUCAAUUCUGCACCAUGGCAAGUGCAUCAAGCGCAAACCUAAACGCAGUGCGGGAGACGAUGGACGUGCUGCUAGAGAUCUCCAGACUGCUGAACACUGGUUUGGACAUGGAGUCUCUGUCAAUAUGUGUGAGACUGUGUGAGCAGGGCAUCAACCCAGAAGCCCUGUCUGCAGUUAUCAAAGAGCUGCGGAAAGCCUCCGAGUCACUAAAGGCUCCUGAAAACUGCACAAACUGAAGAUGAAAACUAAUCACCUCAGUUUGGGACUUUUUAAAAAUGGGGGUCACACCUCAUUCCUGGAUCUGUACCGUGGGAUCUUUAGCCAGUCAGAUCCGUCGUGUGUUGACGAUCUGUCCCUCAGUCUCCUGUGUGACUAACGUGCUCCUGUUCUGUGCUUCGGCUGAUGUUUGACAGAGUUUUUGUAUACAGAUGUCGACCUCAAUCCUCCUCUGAAACACUCUUUAACAGGAGGGCACGCUUAGCCAUUCUGCCUCUAAUUUAAGUUUGAUAAGAGUAUUUCCAGCUGCCGUUUGUCAGAGUGGAAUUAGCAUUGACAUCCUGCCUUAAUUUAAGAGUGUACUUCUCAUAUUUUAGUCAACUUGUAUUGCACUUUUCAUUAACAGGUCUUUUUUAUGAUGUUAAAUUCAGAAAUAUAGAAUUAGUUUUUAAUUUUUUGCAAGCAUAAUACAUUUUUCAACUUAUUCUUUAUUUGCAUUUCCAUUGUC